AUGCUGGGCCUGCUGUGUCUGACUCUCUUCUUUGUUGGGUGUACCACUGCUGGAACCCCAGCACCCCUGUCUGAGGAUGUGCUGGUGGGCAUCGUGGGGGGCCACAGUGCCCCCCAGGGGAAGUGGCCAUGGCAGGUCAGCCUGAGGAUCUACAGCUACUACUGGGCUUCCUGGGUGCACAUCUGUGGGGGCUCCAUCAUUCACCCACAGUGGGUGCUGACUGCUGCCCACUGCAUUCACAAGAGAGAUGCUGACCCUUCAUCCUUUCGGAUCCAUGCUGGGGAUGUGUACCUCUAUGGAGGCAAGGAGCUGCUGAGAGUGAGCCAGGUCAUCAUCCACCAGGACUAUGUGCAUGGUGUCCUGGGUUCAGACGUGGCUCUGCUGAGGCUGGAGAAACCCCUAGACUGCUCUGCUAACAUCAAGCCUGUCAUGCUGACUUCUGGGUCUCUUGAGCUCACCUCAAAGUACCCAUGCUGGGUGACUGGCUGGGGCAUGCACCACAUGUAUGCAUCGCUGCCCCCGCCCUACCGCCUGCAGCAGGUUCGGGUGAAGAUAGUGGACAAUGCCGUCUGUGAGCAGCUGUACCACAAUGUCACCAGGCACCGUUACCAGGGCUACAGAUUCAUCCAAGAUGACAUGCUGUGUGCGGGCAGCGAAGGCCGAGGGACCUGCUAUGGUGACUCAGGUGGUCCCCUGGUCUGCAGGGUGGCAGGCUCCUGGAACUUGGUGGGAGUGGUGAGCUGGGGCUAUGGCUGUGCCCUGAGGGACAUCCCUGGGGUCUAUGCACGAGUGCAGGCCUUCCUGCCCUGGAUCACUCGGCAGAUGCGGAGGUUCUCCUGAGCCCAGCUGCUGGCCUCAUGCUGGUCAGCAGAUGAGUCAGCCAACCUCUCCCAGCACCCACUGCUUCAGCCUUUGCGUGGUCUUCUGAACCUGUCCAGUCCUCCGGCCUUCUGGGAGUCUGGAUGU